CAAUUUUAUAUUGGAAACCUUUUUGAAUGAUAAGACAAAGUUCUGUAUACGUAAUUUUAAUUGCUGAUUUUACAAAUAAUGGCUUUGGCACACAUACUUAAAGAGGUCUAAGUGUUCAAUUAUUUUAACACAUUGAAAAUCCACAGAGAACGGAAUUGGCAAUCAAGGCGGAAAAGACAUUCGCGAAUUUUAUUUUAAUUCUAACUUUCAACAUGACUACUUGUACAACCAAAGAAAAAACGACAGUAAAGACGAAAGAUACAGUUACGAUAGACAAUAACGUCACUAAGGCAAGGGAAACGAAGCGCACCCAUGAGGUUUGUAAGGAGUUUCAAUCGGAGAGGUUUGAAAACAAAAGUCUUAAGGAGGUAGUGGAGUGUAUGAAAAAAGAGUCGCAGAACGAAAAUACCUUGAAAGAUCUAGAUGAUCUGACAACUGCUUUGGAGGAAAAGGAUAGACUUCUACAAAGUAUACAUGAUGAAAAGUUCUUAAUCGAGUCGGAUAGAGAUCAUUUAGACGAGAAAAUCAAAGAGCUUAAAGAGGAAAUCAAAAAGAAAGAUGAAGAAAUUUUGAAACUUCGACAAAAAAUAAAAAAAUUCGACAAAUUUCGACAGGACAUGUUGAGUGAGAACCAAAAAACCCGCGAAGAGCUUACCGGGAAACUUGAUAAGGUAAAUGGUGAUUUGAAAUUCAUGCGCGAUGAGUUUAAGUUCAUGCAUUCCGCGAUGAACGAGCUGCUAACGAGUGCAAAGAAAAACAAAAAGACGAAACCAGGGUGGAACGGCUCUUCGAAUACUCAGAACAAAAGAACAAAUGAGAGUUAAUUGUUUCUUAGUUUUCUGCUAUUUUUUUCUUAAUUCAGUUAAACUAAUUAACCCUGAUUGAAAUUGUUGUG